AUGAGCAUGAGCUACAUGAGCCAUAUGGGCCAUGUGCGCAGGAAUGGCUGCCAAAUGGAGGGCGUGAGCAUGAAAGAGGCCACUGGCUUACAGCAGGUGUGGAAGCGGCGGAAACUCGGCAACUUCGUGCUGCAGAAUUCCACGUCUGAGUCGUAUCAGUCGCACGGUGAGGCAUCAGGGCCUGCUGCAGCAGAGUUCACCUCCAACGACACCAUCAACAGAGUACGGCGGAAGCACACACGGUCGAACCUUGCGCCCUGCGAUAAGUUCAAGUGGAUGAAGGUCGCCUCGACAUCCAUUGGUUGGCAUGCCGAGACAGACCAUGGCCGCUCUUUGUUGAAGCAUCCUGUGCACGGCAUUGCCGAGUCCACAGUCACAAAGACCUACAGCAACAUGAAGGCCACAAACAUGGAGGCUUGCCUGCGGCUUUGCAAGUGA